CGAAAUGACAGUUUGAAAACAAGAGGCGGGUAUCUUGUUAGCCAGUUAAUUGUCUGUUUAAUAGUUUAUGAUAUAUAUAAAGAUUGUCGUGAUGUGUUUUACGGACAAUCCAGAUUGAUGAUCAGUAAUUAACGAACUGACAGACAACUCGGAUAAAUGUUUGAUGACUAUGGAAGUCAAUAACAACAUUGUAAAAGGGGUUCGUGAAAUAAAGUCGAGACCUAAAACACCUUUUCAAUGGCUGAAUAGAGGAACUUUAUACGCUAUACCAGUUUUACUAGCCGCGAUAUGUUACUAUAAUUCUUUAAAUGGCGAAUUCGUUCAUGAUGAUAUUUUUGCAAUUAAGAAAAAUCCUGAUGUAAACGGUAAAGCACCUGCUUCAGGAUUUUGGUGGAAUGAUUUUUGGGGGAAGAGAAUUCAUCUGAAUAACAGUCACAAGUCAUAUCGUCCUCUCACAACUCUCUCAUUCAGAAUCAACUAUGAAUUAAGUGGAGGAAGAGCGUAUUGGUUUCAUGUUGUAAAUGUUAUAUUACACUGUAUAACGACUGGUCUAUUUACGUAUCUCCUACACGAUGUCUUCAAUAUCUCCACUACAGCAUGUUUCUUCACCUCGUUACUCUUUGCUGUUCAUCCUAUACACACGGAAGCUGUAUCAGGAAUUGUGGGAAGAGCUGAUAUUCUGGCAGCAAUCUUUGUAUUGGUGUCGCUUAUCCUGUAUAUGAGGGUUACCGAGACAGAUGAUGAUUAUGCCGAUGAUGAUUGUGAUUUUCCUGUUACUAAGCAACCAUUAUAUCUAGCUGGUAGUAUCAUGUCUGCCGUGGUUGCCAUGUUAUGUAAGGAACAUGGUAUUAUGGUGUUAGUAAUAAUGGCUGCUGUUGAUUGUCUCGUUAUCUGUCGUAAAGGUGUCAACAGGAUAAUAUCUAGUCCAAGAUCUUUUAAACAAGCUGGUCAGUUGGCUUCAAGAAUUUUGAUUAUAUCUUUUUCUUUUUUGACGUUGAUUUAUCUGCGAUUUAUGAUUAACGGAGGCUUACCAAAGUUUAUAGAACAAGAUAAUCCAGCAUCUUUUUCAUCCAGUCUUUUAACGAGAAUUUUGACCUAUAAUUACCUCCUGGCGUUUAAUUCCUGGUUGCUAUUGGCGCCCAUCAAGCUGUGUUAUGAUUGGCAGAUAGGAAGUAUACCAUUGGUUGAAAGCGUUGACGAUAUCAGGAAUAUAUCAACUAUAACGUUCUAUGUCUUCCUGGUAUUUAUAUUGGUGAAAUGUUAUUUCACGUUUAGAUCUCAGAAAUCUGUCCAGAAUAUUCCAUUAAUAGCAGCAUUAUUGAUCAUUCUUCCAUUUAUACCGGCAUCUAACGCCUUCAUUAGAGUGGGUUUCGUCGUGGCAGAACGAAUCCUAUAUAUACCCAGUCUUGGAUUCUGUUUAUUGGUUGGUCAUGGUUUGUCUUGUGUCAUCAAGAAAUUCCCAGGAAAGAAAUCCGUGUUUGUCUCCAUGUGUGUUGCUUACGCCAUUGUGUUAUCACUACGAACUGUACAUAGAAAUCAAGUCUGGUUGUCAAGACAAUCUCUGUUCAUAUCUGGUGUUGUUACGUUACCUCAUAACGCUAAAGUUCAUUACAACUAUGGAAAUUAUCUUAAAGAUAUUGGUAAUAUAUCCGAGGCUAUCUAUCAUUAUCAAGAAUCAGUGAGAUUAUAUCCACCACAACCCAGUGUUCAUAAUAACCUUGGUACUAUUCUAACCAACCAAUCAUGGGCAACGUACCAUUUUCGAGAAGCAUUACGAUAUAAUCCACAACAUAAAGGUGCUCUAGUUAAUCUAGGUAACAUCUACCUCCAAAGAAAAGAUCGUGCAGCAGCUGAGAGACUGGUUAAACAAGCCUUGCGUAUUGAUCCCGACUAUCUGGAAGGACUGCUGUCAUUAAGUAAAAUUAUGAUGGAAUUAAAACGAAAUGAAGAAGCGAAGUUUUACAUAGAAAAAGCUGUAAAAGCUCAUCCUAAUUCUGCUGACGUUCAUAAUUUUAAUGGUGCUUAUUUACAUUAUAAAGGAAGAUACGAGGAAUCUGUGAGUAGUUUUCAGCGAGCGUAUGCGUUAGAUAGUCGAACGCCCCUUUAUUUAAUUAAAGCUGUGUCUGGUUUACAGAUUCUAGGUGAAGUUAACGAAGCAGAAACACAAUUAAACAGAGCUUUAAAUAAGAAACCAAGCGUGGAGGUGAUGGAUCAACUUGGUUUGCUAUAUUAUAAAACACAACGUCUUCCCGAAUCUCUCACCAUCUAUAGAAAUAUCCUCAAACAAGCUCCAAAUAGUACAGAAGCUGCUACUCAUUAUGCUCGUAUAUUAUAUAGUGAAAAUGAGACGGACGAAGCUGAAAGUAUUUCAUUAAAUGUGUUGAAUCAUGAUCCUAACAAUCUGCCUUGUUUACAAUUAAUGGUAGCCAUUUCGGCCUCAAAAAAACAACUAAAUAAGGCGAUAGAAUACAGUCACUUGGCAUUAGAUCUAGCAGACGGUAAUGAGAUGUUAAUGUUGGAAAUGAAUUUUCAACUUGGUAAUAUUUACAGAGAAGUAAAUGAUCUUAAGAAUUCUUUAAAGUGUUUUGAGAAAUGUAUUAAGAUCAAUUCAAAUUAUGUGAUGGGAUAUUUACAUGCUGGUGGAAUACAUCAUUUACAGAAAAACUUUUCAAAAGCGAAAGAGAAUUAUAACAAAGCUUUAAAAAUUGAUCCAAACAACGAAAUGGCCAAAGAGAACCUGGCAAAAUUAAAACGACAAGAACUCAAGGCAAACAACGCAUCGAGAAAAACUUAAAGAUAGCCAACAACGAUUGAAAUAGCGAAAGUUUUAUCAAUUUCUGGUCAUGUAGUGGAGUGUGAUUAAUUGAUUAAUUACGCGCUUUAGAUUAUGUUAAAGUUGACAGUUCACAAAAUGGACAGGGGUUGAACACACCAUCGUAUGUUUUCUCAAACCAGGUUGGUCACCAUGUGUAAACACAUAUACCACAGCCAAGACUCUGAUAUACUACAGCUAGGACUCUGAUAUUCCAUAGGCAGGACUCUGAUACACCAUAGCUAGGGCUCUGAUAUUCCAUAGGCAGGACCUAGGGCUCUGAUUAUUCCAUUGGCAGGACACUGAUAUACAAUAGCCAAGCUCUGAUAUUCCAUAAUCCAUAGCCAGGGUUCUGAUAUUCCAUUAAGUGAUAUCACCCUUUAUUUUGUGUGAAACUUGACAGCCCACACGAUGGCCACAUUUUGUACUAACAGUUUCUUUGUUUCUUUACACCAUUUGCCUUGAAGUGUUUGUUUUCACAAGCUCUGGCUGUUUAUGAUUUAUGUAACUUUGCUACUGAAGAUCAUUGAGUGAGUUUUUCAACCAGCGAAUGAAUCAUCAGAGAUCGACCACAAGGAGAAUCUGACGAGUAUUAUUGAUACAUUUCACUAAAAAUAUUUACAAUUACUUCUUACAUUGUGCCAAAUCGGAUUAUUUAAUAAUGAAUAUUUUAGAUAUACCAUAGUUAGUAUUAUAUAUAAGUACUAUAAAAUAUUAUCACAAUAUUAAUAUCACAUAUUGGGUAAUCUAUAAUAAUAUCUCACAUUACAUUGUGUAUAUUGAUAUCCCCCAUUACAUUCCAUGUUGACGUCCCCCAUUACAUUGUAUAUGUUAGUAUCUCACAUUACAUUGUGUAUAUUGAUAUCCCCACAUUACAUACAAUGUUGACAUCCCACAUUACACCGUAUGUGUUAGUAUCUCACAUUACAUUGUGUAUAUUGAUAUCCCCAUAUUACAUACAAUGUUAACAUCCCACAUUACACCGUAUGUGUUAGUAUCUCACAUUACAUUGUGUAUCUUAAUAUCUCACAUUACAUACAAUCUCACAUUAUAUUAUGUAUGUUAAUGUCUCACAUUACAUUCAAUGUUACUAUCUCAUACUAUUACAUACAGUGUUAAUAUCUUACAUUACACACAACCUCACAUUAUGUUAUUACCGGUAUGUUAAAGUCCAAAAUUACAUUAUGUAUAUUAAUAUCUCACAGUACAUAGUAUUACAAUGUGUGUUAAUAUCUCACAUUACAUUGUGUAUAUUGAUAUCUCACAUUACAUUGUGUAUAUUGAUAUCUCACAUUACAUUGUGUAUAUUAAUAUCUCACAUUACAUUGUGUAUAUUAAUAUCUCACAUUACAUACAAUGUCUCACAUUACAUACAAUGUUAAUGCCUCACAAUACAUACAAUGUUAAUGUAUCACAUUACAUUAUGUAUAUUGAUAUCUCACAAUACAUACAAUGUAUAUAUUAAUAUCUCACAUUACAUACAAUGUCUCACAUUACAUUGUAUAUAUUUUAUACCCCUCCCCUCAAUACAUAUCCUAUCUUCAUCCUGGUUGAUGCAGGGGGGUUGGAUGGCCGAAUGGUUAUGAUGAUCAAGGCUAGGCCAAAAAUUCAAUCGCUAAAUUCUCGGUUCAGAGUGGAUUAAUGUGACUGAAAUUUUCAACAAAUUCCCUUUACAUUAUCUAGUUUUUAUAUGCCCACAUUUUCAUGUGGACGUACAUUGUCGUAUCCUGUCUGGCAGCCGCUGGUUAACUAUUAUAGUGAGAACUGCCACCUCUUUAUCUAAUCUCCCAUAAUGUAUCUUUAACUGUAUCUUGUCCCCGAACCAAUCAAUAAAAAUUACUUGCAGGAUGAUCAUGUUGUUCUUGGUAUGUUGCCAGGGCUCACAUUUGGAUGAUAAUUUUUAUGUACAAAAAUUUUUCCCGCCAAACAUUUUUAUUUCUCAAGCAGGCCUAUUAAAAAUAAUUACCGAUAUAAUUAUAAUAUACAUGUUGCAAUAUGUUGUAGUUUAAAUAAUAAGUGAUUUAUUUUUUUUUUAAAAUAUAUUCUUUACUUGCUGUUUAAUUUAUUUUGUACAGAGAUAAUGAUAAAAAAAGAUUUUUCACCCAUAGUGAUAUUAAUCUUAUUGAUAAAGAUUAUAUUUACAAGAAUGUCUUAUUAAAGGGAAUGUUUUUUCUGUGGUUUAUUUUGUACAGAGAUAAUGAUAAAAAAAAAGAUUUUCACCCAUAGUGAUAUUAAUCUUAUGGAUAAAGAUAAUAUUUUCAAGACUGUCUUAUAAAAGAGAAUUUUUUUUUCUGUGGUUUCUGCAAGUAUGUUUACUCAAUUUAUAGCUUGCAUUUAUAUAUGCAGGCCAGUCAUAGAGAAAAUUAUGUAAAAAGUCUAAAAAUAUAAAAUAAAAACUAUCAAUGAUCCUCAGAUUUUUGAUGUAAAGGGCAUUUGAUUGAUCUGAAUAUAAAAUUAUAUAUUUUUAAAAUUCCAAAAUGAUUGUUUAUAGGUGUUAAUUAUAGAAUUCAUUAUUACUGAAAUUAUAGAAGUCAUUAUUACUGAAAUAAUAGAAUUCAUUAUUUUUGAAAUUAUAGAAGUCAUUAUUACUGAAAUUAUAGAAGUCAUUAUUACUGAAAUUAUUGUCCCCCGCCUUUCGAAGAAAGCAGGGGACUAUUAAAAUGGGUUCGUCCGUCUGUCUGUCUGUCCGUCUGUCUGUCCGUCUGUCUGUCCGUCACACUCUUUGGGACACAAUAACUCUCUUCCUAAUUGAGCUAUAAUGUUCAAACUUGGUGUAUGUGUUUAUUAGGUCAAUGCCUUGAUGGAGUUCGAAGAUGAGCAUUUUCCGCUUAGGGUAAGCAGAGAUAAGCAAUUUGAUUGGUUGAUGCUUUGGGACACGAUAACUCUCUUCCUAAUUGGGCUAGAAUGUUCAAACUUGGUGUAUGUGUUGAUUAGGUCAAUGCCUUGAUGGAGUUCGAAGAUGAGCAUUUUCCGCUUAGGGUAAGCAGAGAUAAGCAAUUUGAUUGGUUGAUGCUUUGGGACACGAUAACUUUUAAUUGAGCUAGAAUGUUCAAACUUGGUGUAUGUGUUUAUUAGGUCAAUGCCUUGAUGGAGUUCGAAGAUGAGCAUUUUCCGCUUAGGGUAAGCAGAGAUAAGCAAUUUGAUUGGUUGAUACUUUGGGGCACGAUAACUCUCUUCCUAAUUGAGCUAGAAUGUUCAAACUUGGUGUAUGUGUUGAUUAGGUCAAUGCCUUGAUGGAGUUCGAAGAUGAGCAUUUUCCGCUUAGGGUAAGCAGAGAUAAGCAAUUUGAUUGGUUGAUGCUUUGGGACACGAUAACUUUAGUUCUAAUUAAGUGAGAUUGAUGAAACUUGGUGUAUAGUUUCAUUACAGUAAUACCUUGACUAAGUUUGAUAAUGAGCAUUUUCUGCUCAGGGUAAGCAGAGCGAUACGCAAUUUGAUUGGUCGAGACUUUGGAAAACAAUAACUCUCCUACUUUGAUUGUCGAGACUUUGGAAAACAAUAACUCUCCUACUUUGAUUGUCCCCCGCCUUUCGAAGAAAGCAGGGAACUAUUAAAAUGGGUUCGUCCGUCUGUCUGUUUGUCUGUCUGUCCGUUCCGCUUAUGGUAAGCAGAGAUAAACAAUUUGAUUGGUUGAUCUUCGAAUUGAGUAAAUGUUCAUGCUUAUUGUCCCCCGCCUUUCGAAGAAAGCAGGGAACUAUUAAAAUGGGUUCGUUCGUCCGUCUGUCUGUUUGUCUGUCCGUUCCGCUUAGGGUAAGCAGAGAUAAACAAUUUGAUUGGUUGAUGCUUUGGGACACUAUAACUUUAGUUCUAAUUAAGUAGAUAAACAAUUUGAUUGGUUGAUGCUUUGGGACACUAUAACUUUAGUUCUAAUUAAGUGAGAGUGAUGAAACUUGGUGUAUAGUUUCAUUACAGUAAUACCUUGACUAAGAUCGAUAAUGAGCAUUUUCUGCUCAGAUUAAGCAGAGCGAUAAGCAAUUUGAUUUGCUGAGACUUUGGAACACAAUAACUCUCCUUCGAAUUGAGUUAAAAUGUUCAUUUUAUCCUAUUUUGAUGAAACUUGAAAUAUAUGUUUAUGUCCCGGUACCUUUCGAUAUUGGCAUGUAUCGGAUAAAUAUUUCAUGGAUUAUGCCCCCUGACUGUACAAAAGAUUAUUUUUAGCUAGUGGGCCCUCUCAAGGUCACAAUUUUUAUACGCCCACGUAUAAAUGUGGAGGUAUAUUGUCCACGAUUUCUUGUACAUGCCCCAACGCCAAAAGUUAUGAUCCAAUUGUUUUGAAAUUGAUAUAUGUUUACAUUAGUAAGAUGAAGGAGUCCAAUUAAUUUUAAUAAUUUCCGUUUAUUACGUCAAGGGUUACGGCCCUUGUUUCAUUUUGUUGAACGCCAAAAGUUAUCAUCCAAUCUUUGUGAAAUUUAUAUGCAUUAUUUAAAUUAGUGAAACGAAGAAGCCCUUUGAAUUUCUGUUUAUUACGUCUAGAGUUAGAGUUAUGGCCCUCUUUUCACUUUAUUGUCCCCCGCCUUUCGAAGAAAGCAGGGGACUAUUAAAAUGGGUUCGUCCGUCUGUCUGUCUGUCACACUUUUUGGGACACAAUAACUCUUUCUAAUUUACCUAGAAUGGUCAAACUUGGUGCAGGUGUUUAUUAGGUCAGUGUCUUGAUGGAAUUCGAAGAUGAGCAUUUUCUGCUUAGGGGAAGCAAUUUGAUUGGUUGAUGCUUUGGGGCACGAUAACUUUAGUUCUAAUUAAGUGAGAGUGAUGAAACUUGACUAAGUUCGAUUAUGAGCAUUUUCUGCUCAGGGUAAGCAGAGUGAUAAGCAAUUUGAUUGGUUGAGACUUUGGAACACAAUAACUCUCCUAAUUGAGGUAGAAUGUUUAAACUUGGCGUAGGUGAAUGUUUAAACUUGAUGUAGAUGUUCAUUAGGAGAAUGUUUAAACUUGAUGUAGAUGUUCAUUAGGUGAAUGUCUUGACUGAGUUCAAUGAUAAACAUUUCGAGCUGACGCUAGCUAAGCAGAGCUAAUUGAUUUCAUUUGUCGAUGGUUUGGGACAAGAUAAUCUUGAUUCUGUCUGGUAGAGAAUGAUGAAACUUAAUGUAUGGUUUAAAUGCUUGAUACUUUUGAAAAAAAUAAAUGUGCGAUUAAUUAAUAUGUGUCAUCUUUUUAUUUCGGUAUUUCGGCGGGGGACAUCAGCCUCACUGUUGGCUUGUAGAAGUCAUUAUUACUGAAAUUAUAGAAUUUAUUAUUACUGAAAUUAUAGAAUUUAUUAUUACUUGAAUUAUAGAAGUCAUUAUUACUGAAAUUAUAGAAGUCAUUAUUACUGAAAUUAUAGAAGUCAUUAUUACUGAAAUUAUAGAAGUCAUUAUUACUGAAAUUAUAGAAUUAUUUUGUGGUAUUGAUUAAUUAAUUAAUAGUGUUAAUACCUACCUUGUAUACUAUAUAACCUAUCAUUGUUCACUAUUGGUCGUAUUGGAUUGUCUGGCACAAUAUAGCCUGGCUGGUGCUGACAUGUCAUUAAAUACCAUUUCAUUUCAUUAGUAUUCAUUGAUAACUUGAUGUAUGUAAAUAUUAUUGUUAUAUUACCCUUAUCAUAUGUCUAUAGGAAUAAUUGUGUCGUGUACAUAUUAUAAAAACUAUUAUGGCAGUCAAUGAUAACGUCAUGUACAUAUUAUAAAAACUAUUAUGGCAGUCAAUGAUAACGUCAUUUACAUAUUAUAAAAACUAUUAUGGCAGUCAAUGUAGUUGUUGAGUUUUAAAUAAUAAACAUUCAAAUAUUA